AUGACCAGUGGCCGUCGAGACAGUGGCGGUGCGAGGAGGAGACCAGCCACCACUCCCCGCUCCCGUCGUCUUGCUCUGGUACGAGGUGGUGUUGAAGAGGGAGGGAGAGAAGGGAGAUGGGGAUAAGGCUCAUGGAUAAUAUGACCGCCAAUCCAUUUCUACCUGACCCACUAAGGAUCUUCAUCUUCUUUUUUCCGGAGGGAAGAUGGUUUUUGGACAUUAGAAGAGAGCCUCUUUGCAAUCGUCACUUCAUAGAGCAGAGGGCCUUAAUUCAUUUUCUUCUUAAAAGAAUUUCUUACGUAAAGUUUUUAUAAAAACUCCUAGAGACUUGUUCGUUCUUAAGUGCCUGAGGGUUUUUUGCUUUUAUUCAAAUUUUUAUCGAUAUUAUUAGCCGUUUCUGCUGCCUUUUCUCUUCCGCGAUCGAUCCGAAAAUAAUUAAUUUAAAUGGGUUACUUACCGGGAAUGUACUCUUUCAGAUUGUUUUUACACUUUUCGACCUUGACUUCCUUUCGUCCUAGUUUCAGCUUCCAAUGUGGCCUUCGAUCUGUGGAUUGUAGAGAACUGAAAGCAGACGGAUCCCUCUACAACGAAUGGAUCCCUUCGAUCAGCAGCCUCCCGUCGAAUUGGACCGGGUGUCAUUUGAAGUAAGUUGAUGAAUAAAUGAGUAAUCCCCUUCAUUCUCAGGACUCGGAGCGCUUUGAAGACGAUUCGAUCUGUUCGUUUCAGUCGGAAAACGAGUCGCUGAACCAGAAAUGGAGCGAAUGGAACCUCAGCGGAUCAGGUGGGUUUAAUUUUUUCGUCAAUGACACAUAUCUGGUAUCUUUCGACACAAUGUUUGUUUGUUGACGUGACUGCUUUACUGAUGACAUCUGCCCUUCAGAUCUUCCCGGUCCAUCUACUUCCACCAAACGACGUGCCCUCCGGACGGGUAAGUCUUUAAUAAUCUUUUUGAUUUCGAUAUUUAGGAAUGCCGAUUCCGUCGCUUCGUGACAUUUGCGCGAAAAAGGUGGCUACAGGGCUGACUUUCGAAGAGAUCGAGGCAAUCUAUCAAUCUCUCCAUAAGAACACAGUGCCCGCUCCUAUUCUCCGACAGAUUUACAAUUUCUGUUUCCCCUCAAAUCCAGAAAAUAUAAAAACUUACAGUUUCAUUACUAAUGGAUCUACUCAGCCUUUCGACUCUGGUCAUCACCUUUUCAUUAACAACGCGGUCUUUAAUGUCUUUCAAAUUGGUUAUCAUAUUUCGGCGUAUGUCAGCGAUGUGGACUCGGAGGUGAUGAAGUAUCAGGAGAAGGACGGAAAGGGAUGUUAUAAGGUCUCUGUUCAAGUGGAUAGGUAAGGAAAUUCAUAUCCAGUAUAUGUGGAACCCAAAUGACGUUAAAUAUUUGUAAUUAUAGAUGUCGGAUAAUAUCUUGUUCAUGUUCCUGUUCAUCCACAGCCACUUGGUGUAAGCAUAUCAUUGCCGUAUGUCUGUAUCGGAUUAUGAAUGCUGAGAAGAUCCAAUACCGAUCUCCAAUCUGGGAUUCAAUAGCUGUGUUAGGCGAUCUACGAGUCAAGAAGUUCGCCCAGUAUCUGAUAAAUGAAUCUCCAGCUGAAGUAAGCACUUUUUUAAUGCAUCAGAAACUCUUUCAGUUUAUUGUCAUUGCCCAGAGACUUCUGGAUCAACUGGCAGUUGAGAAUUCGGAGAUCAAUCAGACAAUGGGAGCACCGGAUCCGACAGCCGGAGGGGAUUCCGAUUAUUCAAAUUGGUUUUUGGAUGAGAAACAACUCCAUGAGAGUAUUCGGAAGAUCCUAAUCAGUUUCGUAAAGCCCGGCCCAAUGGUGUGGUACGUUUAUUCAGUUAUUCAUUUGGAAUAA